GAGGUCGAGGUCGGUCGAGCUCUUGAUCAUCGAGGGUGUGUGUGUGUGUGUUGUAUGAGCGGGGUUGAGUGGGGGAUGAGCUGCAACGGGUGCCGCGUGCUGCGCAAAGGCUGCAACGACGACUGCGUGCUGCGGCCCUGCCUGCUCUGGAUCGACGCCGCCGACGCGCAGGGCCACGCCACCCUCUUCGCCGCCAAGUUCUUCGGCCGCGCCGGGCUCAUGUCCUUCCUCACCGCCGUCCCCGAACCGCAGCGCCCAGCGGUGUUCCAGUCGCUGCUGUACGAGGCGGCGGGCCGGACGAUCAACCCGGUGAGCGGCGCGGUGGGGCUGCUCUGGGCGGGGAGCUGGCACCUCUGCGAGGCGGCCGUCCAGGCCGUGCUCCGCGGCGCCGCCGUCGGCCCGCUGCCGGAGCUCGCGGGCGGCGUCCCCGAGGGCGGCGUCGGCGGCAGCGACCUCUUCGCGUCCUCCGCCAGGCGCGCAGCGGUGGGGUGCUCCACCUUCUCCACGGCCAAGCGGGCGGCGGCCACGUCGACGUCGACGAGGAAGCUCUGGGCGCCUGUGGCGGGGCACCAGGAGCCCUCGUGCGAUCUCGGGCUCUUCCUCACCCCCGGAUCGCCGACGGCGGCAGCGGCGGCGGCAGGGGAGCGACGACGGGCCGGCACGCCGUCGAUGAGCUCCGACGCCUCCGUGACGACCAGCGCCGGGGGCGAGAGGGAGCCUGAGCUGCUCAACCUUUUCGUCUAGGCCUCCUAAUUAUUACUAGAUUUUCCGGUUCAUGUAUCGUCCCGGUGAACUUUUUGCUAGCCUGUCCUCUCGCCGGCGACGGCGAGGCGUCCUCGAUUAUUUUUUUUUGCUUUUUGGGCGUGCAGAAACCGCCGUCCGCCGGCUUGGUGUGUGACACCGAGAUGAGUCAUCUCAGAUGAUAUCGCCCCGGCCUGCUUUGUUUCUUCUCAGCUCCAAAUAUUACUGAAAA